AUGACCAAACUUCUGAAGAACUACUUGAGAUCAGAUAUAUUGACGCUUGUAUUGAUAAAUGUUGCUUCUAUAAUGGAAAUGGCUGAUGAAACUCUGUUACCUGGAGUUUACGAAGAAGUUGGCAUGGAUUUGCGCAUUGAUCCUGCUGGUCUUGGUUCACUUAGUUUUUACAGAUCAUUAGUUCAAUGUCUUUGUUACCCUCUUGCUGCGUUCCUUGCUUCUCGUCAUAAUCAUGCCAAUGGCAUUGCUCUUGGUGCUUUCCUUUGGUCCGGUGCCACUUUUCUUGUCGCCAUCUCCUCUACCUUUGCUGAGAUAGCAAUUUUAAGAGCAUCGAAUGGAACAGGACUUGCAAUUGUCACACCAGCAAUCCUAUCUCUAGUUGCUGAUUCAACUGAUGAUACUAAUCGCGGUACAGCUUUUGGAUGGUUAGCACUAACAGGAGGUCUUGGUUCAAUCCUUGGUACUCUAAUGUCUGUGCUUAUUGCGGAAACAUCAUUCAUGGGAAUCCCGGGCUGGAGAAUCUCCUUUCAUUUGGUUGGUAUUAUAAGUGUUCUUGUUGGUCUUUUAGUCUAUUUCUUCGCGGAAGAUCCCCCUUUUCUUGACAGAGAUGUCAAUGCAAAAGAUCUACCUCCCGCGGAACCAUUUCAAGAACAACUGAGAGAACUGUUAAAAGAAGCAAAAUCGGUUAUCAAAGUACCUUCCUUCAAGAUAAUUGUUGCACAAGGGGUUUUCGGAUCAUUCCUUGGGACAUCACUGUCAUUUACUACUAUGUGGUUGGAGCUUGUUGGAUUCUCUCACAAGACAACAGCACUCAUCUCGAGUUUGUUUGUAGUUUCUCUGUCAUGUGGCGCGGUUUUUGGAGGAUUCGUAGGGGAUGUAUUGGCGAAGCACUUGCCUAAUUCUGGUAGGAUCAUCGUCUCUCAGAUAAGCACUGGUUCAGCUAUUCCCUUAGCUGCAAUUCUGCUUCUGCUAUCGCCUAUAGAUCCUUCCACAGCUCUGUUGCAUGGUUUAGUCUUGUUUAUAUUGGGAUUUUGCGCAUCAUGGAGCGGUCCAGCAACAAACAGGUAUGUCUACUCUAUGUUGUUGUUCUGUUAGGUACAGUUACAAAGCUCGAAAUGGUGAAAUAAAGCAAAUGAAAAUGACAUUGCAUUGAUCUAAGAGAUGGUUUUUGAUAUUUUGCUCUGUUAACACGUUUGUAGUCCAAUAUUUCCUGAGAGAGCUCGUAAGAGCAUUUAUGCUCAGGAUCGAUCUCUCGAGACCAUCAUAGCUCAACAAGUUUUCGGUUAUAAGCCAAUCUCUGAGGGAUCUUCAACCUCAAGGGAAAUCGGAACAGAUAGACAAAAUGCUGCCUCACUUGCCAAAGCAAUGUACACUGCAAUAGGCAUUCCAAUGAUCAUUUGUUGCUCUAUCUAUUCCUUCCUGUAUUUCACAUAUCCACGAGAUAGAGAUCGUGUCCUGUUGCAACAGAUAGAUGAAACGGGGAAUUUUCCAUCCGUAGAACAACAGCCCUUACUCGAACACGAUGAGCUGAGACUUCUUUAAGCAAGUUAGUUAGAGUCCAUUAGAUUGUAUCCAUAGCUGUAAAUAUACAUUUGCAGCUAUUUGUGUCAAUUUCCCAUAGUUUAUUUGACACAAUAACAUUGA